UUAUUAUCAGUCAAAGCAAAAGCUAUGCUGCUUUCACAUUUCUCUCCAAAAUCUUCUUCACUCUCUUUCUCACUCCGCCCUCUCCUCUUUUCUUCUCCUCGUCACUUCAAAUCCCGCUUUUACCCUUCAUCAUCUUUCCUCAGUUCUCAUUUCUAUUCCCGCUCCCCACAUCCCUACCUCGUAUGCGGAGUCAAUACCAGCUCUUCUAGCGGCAGCGUUUCCAUGGACUCAUCGGGCUCGCCGGAAGCCGCUUCCACCAUGUCCGUCGUCGACUCCGUCACCAAUGAUUUUAAAAAUCAGAGUUUACGCGACGAUGAUAAUAACAAUAAAAAUAACACUACUAGUAAGGUUAAAUCGAGUCUUGAUGAUCUGAAUUGGGACCAUUCUUUUGUCAGAGAAUUGCCUGGUGACUCAAGAACAGACACUAUUCCACGUCAGGUGUUGCAUGCUUGUUUUUCAAAAGUUUUCCCAUCGGCUGAAGUGGAGAAUCCUCAACUGGUCGCAUGGUCGGAAUCAGUAGCUGUAUUGCUUGAUUUGGAUCUAAAAGAGUUUGAAAGACCAGAUUUUGCCCUCAAAUUUUCUGGCGCUUCUACUUUGGUUGGGUCGUUGCCCUAUGCUCAGUGCUAUGGUGGACAUCAGUUUGGCAUGUGGGCUGGUCAGCUAGGUGAUGGCCGAGCUAUUACACUAGGGGAGAUUCUAAAUUCUAAGUCUGAAAGGUGGGAACUGCAGCUGAAAGGUGCUGGAAAGACUCCAUACAGUCGUUUUGCAGAUGGCCUUGCAGUGCUGCGUAGCAGCAUUAGAGAAUUCUUGUGCAGUGAAGCCAUGCAUCAUUUAGGAAUCCCGACAACUCGUGCACUUUGUCUUGUGACAACUGGAAAAUAUGUCACAAGAGACAUGUUUUAUGAUGGCAAUCCAAAGGAAGAACCCGGUGCAAUUGUUUGCAGAGUUGCACAAUCCUUUCUUCGAUUUGGUUCCUUUCAAAUACAUGCCUCUAGAGGGAAAGAAGACUUUGGAAUUGUCCGGGCUUUAGCAGACUAUGCAAUUAGACAUCAUUUUCCUCAUAUUGACAAUAUGACUAAAAGUGAGAGCCUAUCUUUUAGUAUGGGUGCUGAAGAUGAUUCAAUUGUGGAUCUAACCUCAAACAAGUAUGCAGCUUGGACAGUGGAGGUUGCUGAAAGAACUGCUUCCUUGAUUGCAAGCUGGCAAGGGGUUGGUUUUACUCAUGGUGUGCUAAACACUGACAACAUGAGCAUACUGGGUCUCACUAUUGAUUAUGGUCCCUUUGGAUUCUUGGACGCUUUUGAUCCAAGUUAUACUCCUAAUACCACAGAUCUUCCUGGCAGAAGAUACUGUUUUGCAAAUCAGCCUGACAUUGGCUUAUGGAAUAUUGCACAGUUCACAGCUACUCUAUCGGAAGCCCAGUUGAUUAAUGAUAAGGAGGCGAACUAUGCCAUGGAAAGAUAUGGAAACAAAUUCAUGGAUGAGUAUCAAGCUAUAAUGACUAGAAAAUUAGGUCUUCCAAAGUACAAUAAACAGUUAAUCAGUAAGCUGCUCAACAAUAUGGCUGUAGAUAAAGUUGAUUACACCAAUUUUUUCCGGUUACUUUCCAAUAUCAAAGCUGAUCCAAACAUUCCAGAAGAAGAGUUGUUAGUUCCCCUGAAGGCUGCUCUGUUAGAUAUUGGCAAGGAGCGGAAAGAGGCAUGGAUCAGCUGGGUGCAAUCUUAUGUUCAGGAGCUGGCUGCUAGUGACAUUUCGGAUGAUGAGAGGAAGGCCCAAAUGGAUGCUGUGAACCCCAAAUACAUUCUUCGGAACUACUUGUGCCAGACUGCCAUUGAUGCUGCCGAACAAGGUGAUAUGGGGGAAGUGAGGAGGUUGCUUAAAUUAAUGGAACGGCCAUUUGAUGAGCAACCGGGGAUGGAAAAAUAUGCUCGCCUGCCACCAGCCUGGGCUUAUCGGCCAGGUGUUUGCAUGCUUUCUUGUUCUUCUUGAGGUAGUUGCAUUGCAUGUAUUACGAGGUACCAAAAGAGCUUUUGAUUUGUAUAUAAUAGUUGAAGGACAAUAAAUUGUAGAAUUUGUAUACCUUUCUUUCGAUAUGAUGUUGUAACAGUUGGAAAUAUUUUUAUUUAUUGAUUUUAUUUAUUAUUA